AUGCAUGGCAAGAAACAAAGCAUUCUCGACACCAUCCAAGCCCGCGGUCAUCUUCGCGUCGGCACCACAGGCGACUACAAGCCCUUUAGCUACAAACUCACCAACACCACCACAGCGCUUCUUCCCCCUCUAAAUAAUACUAAUAACAACAAUGGAACCUCCACCUUCAACACUACCUACAUCGGCGCCGACAUCGACAUGGCCCAAGCCCUCUCCAACGCAUUACGCCUCCCUUCCCCACCCGUCUUCAUCCCCUCCAUCUGGUCCAAUCUGACAUCCGACAUUCUCGCCCACAAAUUCGACAUCGCCAUGGGCGGCAUCAGCAUCACUCUCGCGCGCGCAGCAACAGGAGCCUUCUUCUCGACUCCCGUCCUCCGCGUCGGCAAAACAGAUUGUAUCCGAUGCUCGGAUACCACACGAUUCCCCGAUUUAGCAUCCUUGGACGCCUCCAACGUGAAAAUCGCGACGAAUCCGGGCGGAACGAAUGAAGCGUUUGAUCGCGCGGAAUUUCAACUCGCGGAGAUUGUGUUGGUGGAGGAUAAUAAUGCGGUCUAUCAAGCUGUUGUGGAGGGUCGAGCGGAUGCUAUGGUGAGUGAUAGGAUUGAGGUGGAGUUGCAGGUGAAUUUACAUAAUGGGUCGUUGUGUAUGGUGAAUGAGGUGCCGUGGACGUUUGAGGAGGUGGGGUAUUUGUUGCCGAGGGGGGAUGCGGUGUGGAAGCAUUUUGUGGAUGUUUGGGUGAGAUAUCAGGUGGAAAGUGGGAUGUGGAAUGAGACUUUGGGGAGGUGGAUGGAGUAUCGGUGGCCGGUGGUGUGA